UUCUAUAUAAAUUAUUCUAACGCUAUGAGUAUAAAUACAUAAAGAAACAAGCAAUCUCAAACAUCUUCACAACAAUUAACAACAUAUAUAUUAAUAGUGGUUCUGCAAAGGAAAUUUAUAAGAUCAUUUGAAAAAGAAAAAUGGCACAAAUUGAAGAACAAUUGAGUAACAAACAAGUUCUAGCUACAGAUUACAUAACUGGUAAUCCAAAACAAACAGACAUGUAUUUGAAAACCUCUACAAUUAGCUUACAACUUCCUUUAGAUUCUUCAGAAGCUGUGUUGGUUAAGAAUCUUGUUUUAUCUUGUGAUCCUUACAUGAGAGGAACUAAAAGAACAGACAGAAAUAACCUCUUUUAUUCCUUCUCUCCGGAUUCGCCAAUUGUUGGAUAUGGAGUAUGCAAAGUGUUGGAUUCUAAACAUCCAGAUUUCAAAAAAGGAGAUUUGGUUUGGGGAGUCACCAAAUGGGAAGAAUAUAGCAUCAUCACCAAGACUGAUAGCCUCAUCAAAAUUGAACAUACUGAUGUACCUCUUUCCUAUUAUACUGGAUUACUUGGUAUGCCAGGUAUGACUGCUUAUGCAGGUUUCUAUGAAGUUGGUGUCCCUAAGAAAGGAGAUUAUGUCUUUAUCUCUUCAGCAUUUGGUGCAGUUGGUCAACUUGUAGGUCAACUAGCAAAAUUGAUGGGAUGUUAUGUUGUUGGAAGUGCUGGAAGUAAAUAUAAGGUUGACAUUUUGAAGAACCAAUUUGGGUUUGAUGAGGCUUUUAAUUACAAGGAGGAACAAGACCUAGAUGCAACAUUGAAGAAGUACUUUCCUGAAGGAAUUGACAUAUACUUUGACAAUGUUGGCGGAGACAUGCUCGAAGCAGCACUUAUUAACAUGAGAAGGUGCGGUCGAAUUGUGGUAGCCGGAAUGAUAUCACAAUAUGAACUUGAUGAACCUCAAGGCAUAAAAAACUUGCUGAACAUUGUAUAUAAGCAGAUCAAAGUAGAUGCAUUCACAGUAUAUGAUUACUAUCAUUUAUAUCCAAAGUUUUUGGACACAAUUUUGCCUUAUGUUAGGGAAGGGAAGAUAACAUAUGUUGAAGAUAUAGCUAAAGGUAUUGAGAGUGGACCAGUUGCAUUAGUAGCAAUGUUCACAGGCAAGAGUAGUGGCAAACAAGUUGUUUUAGUUGCUAAUGAAUAGCUUAGAUUUGUAACUCCAAUUUCAAUAGGUUGUAUUGUGAGUAAUAAACAGAUUGAUAUCUUUGUAAAAUAUUAGACAUGUACUAAUAAAAUUAUUAUGCUUUUCAUUUAGCUU